UGUUAAAAAUUUACAAUGAACGCGAUCAUCGAUUUCAACGGUUACUUUCUUUCCAAUAAUAAAUAUGAAAUAAAAGAAUACUCAUUAUACUUAAUUCGCGAUGGAACCAAUGAAGUAGUCCUCAAUAACCUUGAAGUAUCGAAACCUCUAAUGAAAUGGAAGGAACUAUCUCGAGCAACCCAAAAAAAUUAUCAAGAAUAUUAUGAUAAAUUUGGAAUCGGUUGGAAAACUGGCACUCGCGAUAGUGAAUCGAUUAUCAACAAUUUAUGGCACAAGUUACCUGACGUAAAAGUAAUUUACGUUAUCAACAAAUUGAAACAUGACUUGUUAGCGAAUUACCUGAACGAGGAUCUAAAAUUCAAAUUCAUUUAUUUAACCGAUUUGGGUUUUAAAUUCAGAUUAAAAAUGUCAACUCAGUGUCAUUAUCAUGAUCAAAAAUUUAAAAAUAAUUGCGCAAAUGAUAAUGUUUUAAGAAUGCUGAGUUGGAUAACAGAAGCAAAGAUCGAUAGCAACAUUAGCCCUUCAAAAAAAGAAAACAUUGUUAUAGAUUUUAAUGGUUACUUUCUAUCUGACAAUAAAUAUAUAAUAAAAGAAUACUCAUUGUAUGUAUUUAAUGAUGAAAAAGAGGUAAUUUCAACUAUGUUUGAAGUAUCAACAGCUCCAAGUACAUAUGAGAAAUUAGAUAAAACGGCCCAAGAUAAUUAUAAACUAUAUUUUGAAAAAUUUGGAAUCGAUUGGGAAACCGGAACUCUUGAUAACGAAACAAUCAGAAAUGAUUUUAAGAAUAUUUUACGUAACUCUAACAAAAUUUAUAUAAGUGACAAAAAUAAACAUAAAUUACUGAUAAAUUAUCUUAAAAAGGAUCUUAAAUCCGAAGUUAUCUAUUUGACUGAUUUGGGCUUCAAACUCAAACCUAAAAUGUCAACAAAUUGUCAUUAUCAUAAACAAGCAUUCAAAAAUAAUUGUGCUAAUGACAAUGUUUUGAAAAUGCUAAAUUGGUUGAUCGAAAAAAAACCAACGAUUAGCCGUCAAGUUAAAGUUCCAAAAAAGCAUAUUGUUGUUGAUUUCAGCGGUUACAACUUGCCAAAUAACGUCUACGCAAUUAAAGAAUUAAGUGCAUUUGUUGCAAACAAAAGUGAGGGGGAUCCAGACAAUUUGUAUCUGAUAGUUAAACCUCCGUUUACAGAUGUCGCACAAUUACCGCUGAAUUUUAUGCGUGUGUACAGUAGAUUUUAUGUUAAUUAUGGUAUCAAUUGGCAAACUGGUACAACCGAUUAUGAAAAAGUUUCGGUAAUUUUGACAGAUUAUUGUAAAAGAGCGACGCAUAUUUAUGUAAGAAAUUUGUCAAAGCAAAAAUUAUUGGAGAAGUUUAUUGGUGAGAGUUAUAAUAUUAUUUGUUUGGAAGAUUUAGGUUUCAGAGUUAGACCGAAAGAUAUUACUAACUGUCCUUAUCAUGAUAAAAAAGAUAGUAUUUGUGCAUUUGAUAACUCUAUCAUUAUGUUAAAGUGGCUUCGGCGGUACAAAACUAAUCGUAGAACAUUAAAUAGUAAUGAUAUUAAUAAUAAUAAUAAUAAUAAUAAUAAUAAUAAUAAUAAUAAUAAUAAUAAUAAUAAUAAUAAUAAUAAUAAUAAUAAUGAUAAUAAUGAUAAUGAUAAUGAUAAUAAUAAUAAUAAUAAUAAUAACAUUAUUAUUAGUAGUACUAAUGCCAAUAGUCAUAUUAAUGGUGAUAAAGUUGGUAUGGUUAAUAAAAAUAAAAACAGUAUUUUCAAUAAAUUGAAACGAAAAAUUGAAGAUAAAGUUCGAGAAAAAUUAAAUAAGCAAAAUUUUAUGAGAAGAAUAAGAUUAUAAUUGAUUAAUAAGUUU